AGAUCUAGCAAAAUAGCGAAAACGCUUUUAAGCUGGUUAUUUGUGCGCCUUGCACCGGCGUCAUAACCGAAUACUGCUGUCUACAGCAUGGAGUCGGUAAUUUUACGUGGUAACGCCCUGUGCAAGAUUAAGCGCAGAUUCCCAGCGCCACCAUUACCUACUAUUCAGCCAUCUACACCGAUAAUAAAUGAUAAUCCACGACUGGAUGAAAACGCUUUUGAUUCCGGAAGGGAGCAAGAAGAUGAAUAUGAUAACUACUAUGUCUGGCGUAGGAACGCACCGUUUUUAUACGACACUGUAUUGGUGCAUAGAUUAGAUUGGCCGUCUCUGGUGGUAGAUUUUGUUUCGGAUACGUGCUAUAAAAGCCGAAAUGGAGCAACAGCACACAAGGUAUUGCUGGGAACUCACACUUCAGGUAAUGAUGUCGAGUAUGCCAUUGUGGCAGAGAUGAAAUUGCCUGUUACCUCUAUACGAGAAAACUUGUCUUCAUGUGAAAAUUUUACUAAAUUUUUCAGUUAUCACAAAACCCACAAGAUAGCUUUGAUGGGCCAUCCACUACCCAGUUUGGAUAUCAAGGCCAAAUUAGUCCAUCCCGGAGAAGUAAAUCGAAUAUCACAUUGCCCAGGGCGGCAAUUUACAUUUGCUACGCACACGACAUUCGGUGAUUUGUUAGUAUAUGACUACUCAAGGCACCCGUCCACUCCAAGAAGUGCCACUAAGGCAGCUCCGCAACUGGUCCUUACGGGAGGCCAUAGUGCCGAUGGAUUCGGUAUUAGCUGGAUGAGUGAUAUGAAACUAGUAUCAGUCGCUACAGAUGGUUCUGUCUGCACCUGGGAUAUAAACGCGUCAUCCAUGAACAUCGAAGAUACAGGCCGUUAUUUGGAAAAUACCAAAUGUGUUAAACCUCUCACCAAAUUUAAUCUCAAAGACACACCGUUCAACGAUGUGCAGGUAGUACCAACCAAAAGAGAUUUGUUUAUGACAGUGGCGGAUGAUUAUAUCGCUAGAUUGUACGACUCCCGUCAGGACAAUAGCGGAGGCACUCCACAAAUGCAAUUAAAAAGCGAAAGCGAAGUCAAUUGUUUAAGCUUCAACCAAUUUAAAGAUGACGUUGUAGCUACUGGUGAAGCAGAUGGGACAGUAUGUAUAUGGGAUAUGCGCUAUCCUAAUGAACCCAUGCUGUUGCUUGAUCACCAUAAAGAAGCAGUAAACCAGGUCGAAUUUUGCCCGGCAUCGGCUGGUUUACUAGCUUCAGCAUCGCAGGAUAACAAGGUAUGUAUAUGGGAACUGUCCGCAGAAGAACGUCUGCGGUUUGUUCAUGCUGGUCACCGAGCAGCUGUGUCUGAUCUGUCGUGGUUAAAGGCUGCGUCCAUGAAAAAUGGCUUCACGCUGGCCACCACCGGGGCAGAUAAUGAAUUCCAUUGUUUUGUUCCUAACUUUACAGAAUUGUGAACUUUGCAUUACAUCGCCAUGCAACCUGAGAUACGGGCUAAAUGGGCCAGGUCACUAACGCCGUAGAGCAAGAAGUGAUUUAUAACGUCAUGCACAUAUAAUGCAAUUUCUGUAACAAU